AUGAAGACGCUUGUACUCGUCCUGGCAGGACUGGCAGCGACGCUUCACAGCGGAGUCCAUGGCGGAUACGACAUCGGCCACCUGCACGCGCUGGGCGCUGUUCAAUCUGGAGGCUACGGAGGUGGCGGCGGCGGUGGAUACGGCGGUGGACACGGUGUACCCAUCGUCAAAGUCGGUUACGUCAAGAAGCCCUAUGUGUCCAUAGGCUACGUGCCAAAGAAAGUGGUCAAGUUCGUCAAGGUGCCCGUGAAAACGGUCGGCAUCGGCAUUCGGCCCGUGCUCACGUACAAGGUCGCCCACCAGGUGAAGGUCGGUCACCCUCACUAUGGUUACGGUGGUGGCUACGGAGGCCAUGGUGGCUACGGCGGCGGUCAUGGCUUUGGUCAUGGACAUGGGUUUGGAGGCCAUGGGUUCGGCCACGGUGGCCACCUCGGACACGGCAUUUCGAUCGGCUUCGGUGGCCAUGGUAUCGGCAUCGGGUUCGGCCACGGUGGCUUCGGAGGCGGCGGCCACCACGGACACUACGGCGGAUUCGGCGGCUUCGGGCACGGCGGCUACGGCGGCCAUGGCUUCGGGCACGGUGGAGGGUUCGGGCAUGGCGGCGGUUAUGGACACGGCGGCUACUGGUGAACUGUGUGCGUGUCGGCUGCAUCAUCUUUGUCAUCCUCAGUGGUUGUGGAGAAACUCAACCUCAUCUGUACAUAACCUCAUCCCCGAAACCAUCUAGGUUUAAUUUGUUUAUUAAUAAAAAUCGUAUACAUUUUUACCCCA